AUGUCAGGGAAUCGGAGAGCACGAAGAAGUCAAACGGGUGCGCAAUAUUUUGAUGAUUUUGAUAGAAUUCGCAAUAUAAAUAGUUCAAACCGUAGUUUACGUAGAAUUGGAAGGAAUAAUACACCUGCGCCAUCUACUGGGGAAGUUGAGCAUGCAUUAAAUCAAAUAUCACUGCGUAAUCGAAGAAGCCGAAGAUCAUCUAUUGAUAGUCGAAGACGGUCAGCAUCUCAAUCUCUACCCCGUGAUGCAAUAAACAUUAAUACAAACAAUCCUGGUGUGGAAAGUCCUGAGAAAAAUAUUGGACAUUCUGGUUCUAUCGAAACGUCAUCUCUUCAACCACCUUAUGAGGCAGAUGAAGCGCAAAAUAAUAAUAAUUCUUCAGAAACGAAUCAGAGCCAUGACAAUUUUAGACACGAAUUAGCUGUAAUCUAA